ACAGCGGAGAUGUGUGCUUGAUCAUGGCCGCAAAAGUGUCAUCAGCCUUAACUUCAAAUGGUAAGAAAAGGUCGAAUUUAACUAGCAGCGUCAGUCAAGAUCUAAAAUCUGGUAAAUCUGGUGGAGAAGCUAACCCCGUGGUGGGAGAUGGGACUUGCACUGUGAAUAUAGAGCAACAUGGAACGCAUCCCCACGAACUAAAUCCGACCAGUUUAGCUCGAGCCUCGACUGGGCACAGAACGUAUCCACUUGAGAAAGAAGGGGAAGAGAAAUCAGAUUUUUUUCCCACUUCGAUUUCCAGCAUGACUUCAAGUAUGGAGACGGGAAUGCUUGGUAAUCAUAAAGUGAAAAAUGUUAGCGGCGGAGAUCCUCCUCCUCCAUCUCACCACCUCACACCUCCACAGCAACAGUCGCUGCCAUUCAAUCAAUUCACCCAGCAUCAACGCCAAAUUCAUAACAACAUUACGAACAACCAACCGCCAACACAGGGAGAGAGUGGAAACCGUCAACAUGGAGGAAAAGAGAAUAUUUUAGGGAAUCAAGUCGAACGCCAUCAGCAGUUGAUGAACAAAAGUGAAGAGGAGAACCAACAGUGCAAAACGGAGGACCGGAUGGACAGCAGGUACGAUCAUGCCAGUUCGGGACCAACGAAUAACAACAUCAACAACACGUCUCAAAGUGUGAACAGCUCAGUUACAGAGUUUAAUAAUUAUUAUGGGAAUGGAAGAGGAGGGCCUUGCUUUGAUCAACAUGGCGGACAACAAAGCCCCGGGACUGGGAUAAUGCAUUCGGUACAGAACACUAUGGAUCAAGUUCAGAACUCACAAGAAGGUUACCACAAUAGCCCGUAUAACCACUACCAGAACUAUCGACCUGGUUACGGCAACAGUGGAUACGGAAUGAUGAGCCCCUCGCGGCAGGGGAAUAAUAUAAUGGGCCCGGGAAGCAAUACUGCUGUUGCUAAUCAUAGCAAAGCUGCCAUGUCUGCUGCUUCUUCUCCGAGUGGUAAUGUAGGAGGAUUUCAAAGAUUUCCAGGGCAAAGUCAGCAGCAUCCUUCGGGGGCUACCCCGACUCUAAACCAGCUACUGACAUCUCCAAGUCCGAUGAUGCGAGGCUAUGGCAGUGGCUAUCAAGAUUACAGUAAUCCCUCUGCACAACAACAAUCAAGCAUGGGGCUGGCUAAAGACAUGGGCUCUCAAUAUGGUUCGGCUACUCAUGGCUGGGGAGGACAACAAAGAAAUCACCCUACAAUGAGCCCUGGGAACAACGGACAAGGAGGCGGCAGGUCCCAGGUUCAACCCGUCGACGCUAUGGCGAUGAAGCGCUCCCAACUCUACAACAUGAGCAACAAUCCGUACUCCCAGCAGCAGGCAGGGCCCUACUCUGGCCAGCCAUAUGGAUCACCCCCUCCUCACCGCUACCCCAUGGGAAUGCCUGGAAGGGGUCAGAUGAGCAUGGGUGGAAUGCAGUACCCUCAACAGCAGCAGAUGGCAGCUCAGUAUGGGCAGCAGCAGCAACAGCAGCAGCAACAGCAGCAGCAACAACAGCAGCAGCAGCAGCAGCAGCAGCAGCAGGGCAUGAGUGGGUACAGCCAGCAGGGACAGCCCCCGUACUUCAGCCCCACCCAGCAGCAACAGCAGCCCGCCGCCCCCACACAGCCACCUUACAUGCAGCCACGCCCACCCCCACAGCAGGAGGUGCCACAGGAUGGCUAUGGCAGCAGGGGCCAGUCUGCUAUGACCCCUGGGAAGCCCAACCAUGAGGAGAUGGGCCUCAGCCAACAGGAGAGACCAUCCAGCUUACCUGACCUGUCUGGUUCCAUCGACGACCUGCCCACGGGGACGGAGGUGGCCAUCAGCUCGGCCGUCAGCGCCUCGGGCUCCACCAGCAGCCAGGGCGAGCAGAGUAACCCCGCCCAGUCGCCCUUCUCGCCCCACGUGUCGCCACGGCUCCCCGGGUUACGCAGCGGCCCCUCCCCCUCCCCGGUCGGCUCCCCUGUCGGCUCCAGCCAAUCACGCUCCGGACCCAUAUCACCCGCCAGUGUCCCAGGCAGCCAGAUGGCGCCGCAGCCCCACGGGAGCGUGUCAGACGUGGGCUCCCAGUCCACCCUGAGCCGGUCGCCCAUGUCCCAGGAGAGAGGGUUCCCACCUGCCCUGCAGAGGAAUGCCCCAGGCCCCCAGUUUGGAAGCCAGCAGUCUGCCCCCCCCAUGGCUCCUCACCCUCCUGCUGGGGGGUCAGUGCAGCAUGGCUCCUACCAGCAGGGGGCCCCUACCUACGGGCCUCAGUCUGGGCAGUACGGCCCCCCAGGUAACUACCCCAGGCCCCCUAACUACGGCGGGGCCCCCAGUGCCAGCUACAGUGGGCCUGGCCCUGGCAUGGGCAACAGCCUAGGCAUGAACGCCAGCAGCCCCAUGCACGGCCAGGGUCCCGGGCAGCCUUGCGGGUCUAUGCCUGCCGGGCGAGGCCUGGGGCCGGGGCCCGGUGGACGCCCGUACCCAGGGGGCACCAACACCAUGGCCCCCACCUCCCCCAGUAUGCCGCAGCCCGCCGGUCAGGGCAUGGGUCCACCUGCGCCCAACGCCAGCCGCAAGUCGCACGAGGCUGGCCCCAACGCCAUGCAGGCGGCCAGCUCUGCCCAGGGAAGGCAGGGAAGCUACCCAGGUGUGUCCCUCAUGGGCGGGGGGGGCCCUGGUGCCCCCUACAGCCAGCAGCCAGGGAACAACUCUGGUAGGAUGACCCCACAGGGAUCCCCCUACAACGGCCCACCCUCAGGGCCCAUGAUGAUGUCAGGCGACGGGCCCGGAGGUCCUCCGGAGGCCAAGCAGAGGAUGGAGCUCAACAAGGAAGGGGCUGCUCCCGGCGCCGAGCCCUCCAAGCCUAAGGACAGCUACAGCUGUGUGUGUAUGCCCCAGCCCCCCACCCCCUCCCCCCUGUCCCCCAGGUCUGCUAGCCUGUCCUCUCUCCACCGGGAGGACGGCGAUAGCAUUAGCAGCCCCGCCUGGCCAAAGAACCCGACCAGUCCCAAGCCCAGCCCCGCCACCAUGACCAAUGAGAAGAUCACGCGGCUGUACGAGAUGGGCGGUGAGCCUGAGAGGAGGAUGUGGGUGGACCGCUACCUGGCCUUCAUGGAGGAGAGGGGCACCCCUGUGCCCAACCUGCCCGCCGUGGGCAAGAAGCCCCUGGACUUGUGCCGCCUCUACCUGUGUGUGCGGGAGAUCGGAGGGCUGGCCAUGGUCAACAAGAACAAGAAGUGGCGCGAGCUGUCCACCCACCUGAGCGUGGGCACGUCCAGCAGCUCGGCCAGCUCUCUGAAGAAGCAGUACAUCCAGUACCUGUUUGCCUACGAGUGCAAGGUGGAGCGAGGGGAGGAGCCGCCUCCAGAGAUCCUGGCCACUGGAGACAGCAAGAAGAACCAGGCCCACCAGGCCAGGAUACAGCCACCCUCCCCCGCCAACUCUGGCUCCCUGCAGGGCCCCCACACCCCCCAGUCGACAGGAAGCAGCUCCAUGACGGAGAUGCCAGUGGACCUGAAGCCCCCCACCCCGGCCUCCACCCCCCACAGCCAGAUAAGCCUGCAGUCCAGCGGCAGGAACAGUGUUGGGAUCAGCGUUCAGGACCCGUUCUCCGAGGGCAGUGACCCAGCGUUCCACAGGCGUGGGCCCCUGCCCCCCGCUGCCACCUACCAGCAGGGAGGAGGUACUGCAGAGCCCUCAAUGAGGAUGCAGUACGACGGCAACAAGGACCCCUAUGUGGGCCCCAGGAAAGUACCAGGUGGCAGUGAGUCCUAUGGUCCAGGUGCCAUGCCCACCGGUGUCCUGCAGGACAUGUACCCCCGUGGCCCGCCCUCUGGAGCCAUGCCAGGGAUGGGAAUGGGCCCACGGCCCCAGUACCCCUACGGGCCAGGCUACGACAGGAGACCAGACCAUGUGAUGGGCCCAGAGGGGGGUAUGGUGCCCCCGGGGGGUCAGAGCAACAUGGGGCCUUCCAGCAACGAUCCCAGCAUGUAUCCUGGUAACAGAUACCCUCACCAGAGGCCCGGGCCCGAGGGUUAUGGACAGCAGUAUCCUCACGGCAUGCCCUACGGCUCCCAGCAGCCCGGCAUGUACCCUCAGCAGCAGGGGUACAAGAGGGCGGUUGAGGGGAUGUACGGCCCCCCGGCCAAACGGCACGAGAGCGAGGCCUACGGGAUGCAGUACGGGGGCCAGCAGAGCGACAUGUACGCCCAGUACGGGGGGGGCUACAUGGGGCCCGAGCGAAGGCCCAUGCAGGGCCAGUACCCCUACCCCUACCCCAGGGAGAGGAUGCCCCCUGGGGCCCAGGGACCCCCUCAGCAUGGCAUGAUGAGCGGGGGACCCCCCCCAUCCUCCUCUGGAGCCUCUGGAGAGUGGGCCAGGACAGACAUGGGGUACCCCUACCCUGGCCGGCAGCCCCAGGGGCCCCCUUACCCUGGCAUGGGCCGGGGGGAGGAUCUGGAGGGCAGGGGUCCCCAAGACGGCCAGUGGAGCAACCACCCAGGCCAGCGCCAGCCCCCUUACCCACCCCACUCCUCCACCUCCUCCAUGCCCCCCCGACAGCCCUCCUCCUCAUACCAGUCCAACCCUGCCAUGUCCAACCACAUCUCCAGAGCGCCCAGCCCCUCCCCGUACCCCCGGCCCAUGGGCGGCUCCCUGUCCCCCAACAGCAGCCACUACCUGGCCUCCAUGAAGAAGGCAGGGAUGCCCGGGGCCAUGCCAGGCUCUCACAGCGGAGGGAUGCCAGGCCAGGCCAUGCCACCCAUCCACAGGGAGAUCAACUACCCGUCUGGGUCGGUGGAGGCCACCCAGCCCCAGCUGAAGCCCAGACGCAGGAUCACCUCCAAGGACACAGGGACCCCGGAGGCGUGGCGUGUGAUGAUGUCACUGAAGUCGGGGCUGCUGGCUGAGAGCACGUGGGCCCUGGACACCAUCAACAUCCUGCUGUACGACGACAACACCGUGUCCUCCUUCAGCCUCACACAGAUGCCUGGCUUCCUGGAGCUGGUGGUGGAGUAUUUCCGCCGCUGCCUGAUGGAGAUCUUCGGGAUCCUGGAGGAAUACGAGGUAGGAACAGAGGGUCAGAAGACACUGCUGGGACCAAUCACUGAUGCCCUAGAGGACAUGGAGGAGGAGCCUCCUGCCGUUCAGGAGCCGGACAGCCAGUCAGAGGAGGAGCAGCAGCAGAGAGAAAGCAAUUCCGAGGCAGGGACAGAGAAACCUACGUCUAAUGGAGGCACAGAAGGGGCGGGCCUGGAGGAGAGGAAGGAGGAGCAGCAUCCUGUGGUGGUCACGGUGAAAGAGGAGGAGAUGGAGGAGGGGACGUCCACAAACCAGGCUGAGCCCGUCCAGCAACCCGAGCCCCCUGAGGCCAGACCCAAGCAGGCCAGUAAGUACGACAAGCUGCCCCUCAAGCUGGAGGAGAAGGACAUGGAGGAGGACUGGGUGGAGGAGCGCUCGGCUGGGCUUAGCCUGCCCAGGGGCUUCACCAGCGGCCUGCUGCACUGGAAGGCUGGAGGGGGCGACUCCACGGCACACAUCCAGACCCACUUAGAGGGACGCACCGGGGGGCCUCGCCUCCACAAGCCCCUGGUGAGGGAGGAGGAGUGGACCCACGAGGAAGGAGAGACGGAGACUGAGGAGAACAGAGACGAGGAGAAGGAGGAGGAGAAGAGAGACGAGGAGGAGGAGAAGAGAGACGAGGAGGAGGAGGAAAAGAGAGAAGAGGAGGCCUCCGGGGCGGCGAGCGAGGGGAAGAAUGCGACGGCCCCCGUGGACGGCGCUGGCUUCCUGUCGGAGGGCAAGGCCGAGCCCCUCCCCUUCGGCGGCGGGCCGAGCCGGAGCCUCCUCCCCCUGCUGGAGGACGAGCCGCGCUGCUGGGACGAGGCGCCGCUCUCCGUGGCCGAGCCGUGGCAGGACGCGCUGGCCAAGCGCUGCGUCUGCGUGUCCAACGUCGUCCGCAGCCUCUCCUUCGUCCCGGGCAACGACGCUGAGAUGUCCCGCCACCCGGGGCUGGUGCUGGUCCUGGGACGCCUGGUCCUGCUGCACCACCUCCACCCCCGCAGGAGACGGGCGCCCCCUAGCUACCAGCGGGAGGAAGAGCAGGGCCGGGCCUGCAGCAAGGACGAGUGGUGGUGGGACUGCCUGUCGGCGCUCAGGGAGAACACCCUGGUCACCCUGGCCAACAUCUCAGGCCAGCUGGACCUGUCGCUGUACCCAGAGAGCAUCUGCCUGCCCAUCCUGGACGGCUUGCUGCACUGGAUGGUGUGUCCCUCGGCCGAGGCCCAGGACCCCUUCACCACAGCGGGGGGCUUCUCCUCGCUCACCCCCCAGCGCCUGGUGCUGGAGUGCCUGUGCAAGCUGAGCAUCCAGGACGCCAACGUGGACCUGCUGCUGGCCACGCCGCCCUUCAGCCGGCAGGAGAAGCUGUAUGGCACGCUGGUGCGCCACGUGGGCGAGAGGAAGAGCCAAGUGUGCCGGGAGAUGGCGGUGGCCGUCCUCUCCAACCUGGCGCAGGGGGACCCCGCGGCGGCGCGCGCCAUUGCCCUGCAGAAGGGCAGCGUGGGAACGCUCAUCGGCUUCCUGGAGGACAGCGUGACCAUGGCCCAGUACCAGCAGAGCCCCCACAGCCUGCUGCACCCCAGCGCCCCCCACCCGGAGCCCCCCAGCAUCAACAUGAUGUGCCGCGCAGCCAAGGCUCUGCUGGCCCUGGCCAAGGUGGAGGAGAACCGGCCCGAGUUUGUGCUGUAUGAGAGCCGGCUGCUGGACAUCUCCCUGUCCUCAGUGCUGAACUCCUCGGUAGCGGCCAUCAUGUGUGAAGUACUGUUUAAGAUCGGUCGCUCGUGACACACACACAGGCACAAGAGGGUCAGCCCGGUCUGGAAGGGGACAUCCCGGCCACCAGUGAACAGUGAACAACAAUGAACUAGGCGCCAUUAUAUUUUUAUUUAAAUAAAAUAACAUAAAAAAGUUUUUCAUACAAAUGAAUAUAUAUAUAUAUAUAGAGUAUAUACAGCUCUGCUCCAUCCACAAGUUUCUUUUGGGGAUUUUUAAGUAAUUUUAAUACAAAUAUUUAAUACCUGGUAUUUUUAAUUUUUCUAUUCUUUUAAUUUGGGGGAGGGUUUAUUUGUUUCAGCCAAAGUUGACAUCCAACAAUAAAGAACAAUAGUUUGAGGCCUCUUGGUCUUCUGUUUUGUAACUGUAUGUGCCCAUUUUCUGUGGGAUUCUUUUGUUUGGUUGUUUUAAUUGGGGGCAGGGACAAGGGGGGGCAGAUUUAUUUAAAAUGUGAGACAUGUUGUAGAUAGACCUCUUGCCAUGUGUUAAGAUAAAACACUGACUCUUAAAACUCAGAAUUUACAGUACAUGUAUCUUGUUCUGGAGAAGAAAAAAAAGAAAAAAGAAAAAAAAGACCCGUUGUGCAAUAGGAUUUAGUUGGCUGGUUUGGGUGUGGGGGGUAGAUUAUCAAAUGUGAAUGACUUUUGACCACAGACAAUUUGACCAUCAGUAUUGUAGAACCAUACCAGUGUAAGAGUGAAGGAGGGACUCAUCCUUUUCGCUUGGCUCCGUCUGUAACCAUAGCAACUGCCAGGUAGACACAACUUUGAACGAACAGUACUGCAAGCCUUCCGUUUCCUCUGAGAAGUUUUCAUCUGUGGGCCCAACUGUAUAUAGAAGUUGUACAUUCGACAGCCUCAUUUGGUUUCUUCUCCAGGAGCUGUGGUCUGAAUGAGUGAUGGUAGUGAAGCUCUUUACUAUAGCGGUCAUGCUAACUAUCAUACUUGCUCAUUUCGAUUUUGACUGUUUAGUUGCUCUCUUAAAAUGGGGUUUCGGUCACUUGAUGUAUUUAAAAUGGUCUCUUUAUGGUCUGAUUCAGGUCUGUUAGGGACCUUCAGAUGGCCUCUGCUUUGAUUAAUCAUGUCUGAAAAACAAAUGUAUUUAGAUUGUACAGUUUGCAGAACAAGAUGGGCAGAACUGUAUUCCAGAAUAAUGUUGUUGAAAAUGACAUGUGACUCAACAGUUUAACAAAUGUAAAGGUCUCUUACUUACAGGUCUCCUCCCCUUUCAUUUGAUAAACAUUGUUUAUUCAAUAUGAAAUCUUUAUACUAUAUGUUCCACAUGUUAAGAAUAAAUGUACAUGAAAUCUGGUUGA